AUGGACCCACGGCUGUGGUACCCGCCAUCAGGGUUCGACGCCUGGGGUUCGACGCCUGGCCACUGCAGAUUUUACAUAUGGGCUGCAGCAUCCCAGACCACCAGUUCUAGAGGGCCCUUCAGUGGAAGCUUAAAAAUCCCUGGUCGCGGACUUCGGUCCGGUGGGCUAGUCGGCCCACAAAUGUGGUCUGGAUACUGGGUUAGCAAAAAAAAAAAAGUUCGCAAACCAGAGGACUUGAGCAAAGAGAACAUAGUACUUGAGGAGUUUGCUCGAGAUCGUCAAAAAGGACAAAGUCAACAGGGACGGAGUUGA